AUAUCAAGGACUCUCCCCUGACUAUUCAACCUUUGGCCUCGCAUCACCAACAAUGCGUCUCUCUUCAUCCAUCCUGCUCUUCGCCGCCGUCCCAACAGUCCUCGGUGACAAACACUAUUUCUUUUCCGGCUUCUUCAGCGGCAGCUUGAUUGCGGGUGUGGAGUUUGAUGAUGCGACGAACAAUAUGACCCUCGUGAAUAACAUCACGAUACAGUCAUCAACUGGGUCGAAAUGGAUUGCUAUCGAUGAACGCAAGCAAAACUUAUAUGUCUCGGCAACCGGACAGUACCAGAGCUACUCCAUCACAGCCAACCGCAGCCUCGCAUCCACGCGCAACAUAACCCUCCCUCCAUCCUGCCAAAACGCAAACUUUAUCGCCGCCGCUCGCACACCCCCAUACACCGUCUUCGGUGCCCCGUACAGCACCGGCUGCGCCGCACACGCCGUCUCUGUCGACUCCACCGGCACCCUGCAAUCCAUCCUCGCAAACAUAACGUAUAACGGCACAUCCGGCGUCCACGGCCUCGCCAUAUCCCCGGGCGCCGAUUUCGUCUACUCCGCCGACGACAUGGGCAACGCCGUGUGGACGCAUUCCUUCUCCGACGACAACGUCACAUCCACCGCACAAACGCUGCAGUACCUCCCCGCGCCCUCGGGCUCGGAUCCGAGACACCUAGCCGUGCAUCCUGCGGGGAGCUGGGCGUAUGUGGUGUACGAGGCGGCGAACGAAGUUGCCGUGUAUGCGCGGGAUGAGGCGACGGGAUUGCUGAGGGAUACGAAUGCCACGUACGCGCUGCUUCCAGAAGGGUUUACGAACACGAGUAGCUACUGGGCGGAUGAGGUUAUGUUCUCCGUUCCCCCCUCUGCCUCAUCUUCUUCGAGUCCGAAAUACCUCAUCGCCUCCACUCGCUCCCGCACCUCCACUUCUCCAGGCUACGUCUCCGCGUUCGCCCUGUCCUCCACCGGCGCCAUUACAGAACAGCUGUUCCUGCUGCCUACUACAGCGAGCGGUGGCGGGGCGAAUGCUGUUGCCCCUGCGUCAUUCAGUGAGGAGUACUUCGCGAUCACAGAUAGUGCGGCGAACUUUAUCGAAGUAUGGAAAAUUGAUAAUGGAGGGAAGACUGCGGCGGCGGUUGCGCAGCUGGGAGGCUUUAGCGGGGGACCAGCGAAUGUGGUGUGGGUGAAUUAGAACAGACCCUCGGGGGUUUGGGAUGGGGUGUGGAAGGGAGGUGAAACAGCAGAUGACGUGCGCUGAGGCUGAGGCUGGUAGAGAGUUGGCGACGCGUCGC